GUCAGUGGAGAGGAGGGCGCUAGGACCCAGAAGGGACGUUGCCACUUGCACGGUCUUUGCUGCAAUAUAAAUGCUGGUGGAACAGACUGAGCACAUUCUCUCUCAUCACUUCUACAGCUUCGCUCACCUGCCGCCCCAGCGCCCCAACUGCGCCUCCCGCAGCGACCCCAGCGGAUCCCCCGACCCCAGCAGAACCCCCUGCAGCUCUUGUAUCUCUCCUCCCGGGUGUAUGAGUUAUCUGCCCCCCAAAAUGGUCUGCGAGACGAAAAUCGUUGCGGAUGAUCUCCCGGGGCAGCAGAAAGAGCCGAUACUAGUGACCCCCUCCUCCCACAUGUGCCCCCCUCCUCUCACCAGCGGCCCCCCGGCCUCCUCUCUGGCGCCCCCCAGCCCCGGGGCUCAGGAACACCUUUAUAUCCGACAAUUCCAAGCCGAGGAGCAGGAGUCUGCCCAGAGGAUAUUCUAUGAAGGAAUCAAGGAAAGGAUCCUGAGCUCGGCAUUCAGAGGGUUAAAAUACCAGCCCCUCCUACAGAGUGUCUAUGCGGUGAUUAUAAUAAUGUGCUUUGUUGUGACCAAGUCCUUGCUGGUGACGUGCUGUAUGCCCCUCUUUCUAUUGGGCAUGAGGUAUUACUACAGUAGGAAAAUUAUCCUCAAUCAUCUCGAGUGCGCUCUACGCACGGACAUGUCUGAUAUUGAGCAAUAUUACAUGAAACAGCCAGGUUCUUGCUUCUGGGUGGCGGUCCUAGAUGGGAAAGUUGUUGGAAUAGUGGCUGCCCGAGGCAAUGAAGAAGACAACGUGGUCGAGUUACGGCGGAUGUCUGUAGACUCCAACUAUCGCGGUAAAGGUAUUGCCAAGGCUCUAGGUCGCAAGGUUCUUGAGUUUUCCAUGCUCAACCACUACUCUUCCAUUGUGCUCGGCACAACAGCCGUCAAGAUCGCAGCCCACAAGCUCUACGAGUCCUUGGGAUUCAAGCAUGUCGGAGUCGUAGAGCACCACGUCGUUCCUGGAAUGAACCACUCCUUACUGGAGAGGCUUUUCUUCCAGCUCCGCUACCAUCACUAUUGUCUACAGCUUCGAGAGGAGUAGAAAGCAAUUCAGCCUUACUCUUGCAACUCCAUAUGUUUUAUUUUCUUCCACCUUAGUUAUAUAAUGCUUGCAGCUUGUUAUGCGGGUAAAUAUCACACUUAACCAGGGUUUUCUUUAGUAGAUAACAACUAUUGCAACACAAGUCCUUUGCAUUCGAUGGCACGGUUGUUACUUUCCAUACAUGGAUCGUAUUAUCCGACUGGUUAGAAGAGGACCAUUAACCUGAUCCAUUAACUAACUUACAAACCUAGAUGCUGUUCUGUUGUAAAAAAAAUGUAUUUUUCCACUGUAAAAUAAGAUGGUGAAUUUCCCGGUUGGGAUGAAUUCCAACUUGAAUGCGCCAACUUUUUUUUUUUUUUUAAAUCGUGCUAUAACUUUAUCAAUUCAUUUGACCUCUUUUGAGGGACAAAGUGAAAAACGAGUGCUUGGAACAAUGCAUGAAGAGGAAGUGUUUGCACGUACACGUUGCACCGCCAACGAGGCACCGAUCUUGCACUUUCUUGGAUGGCAUGUGCUCAACAACAACUCUGCCAAAACUGGACCUUGGGGCAUCCAGUCACAGGACGCCAUGCCUUUGUUAAGCCAGCAAGCUGUUUUAAACUCUGAGCCUUUGUGUAUAUAGUGUAUAGAAAACGAAUCCCAGUUUGUCCGGACAUGUAGCUUGGGACAUAGACAUCAAAAGUGUUUCUUGUUUCCAUUUUGGUCUGCUAAUGACGUCAUAACGGUGUCAUCGAAGCACAAAAGAAAAAUUUUGCAGUGAAUUCUUCACAAAAUAUAAUUCGGGGAGCGGGAUGAAAUAUGUUUGAUAUCAACAUUUAUUUUUUAAUGAAGAAUGUACAGUCCCCACUGAUCCGCUGUAUAUAAUGUCCAAGCACUUUUCCCGUAAAUCGACCUGCUUCAAUAAUCUCAAAACUCCGACGUGUACAUGGCAAAUAGCAAUGCAAUGCGGGUGAGGAAUGUGUCUGUACUCAGUAUGUAUGUACAGUGCAUGCCCAAAUACUAUAGCCAAUGAUUUAUUUUCUCCUGAAAUAUGUACACUUUGUAAAUGAUGUAGAAUUAGAAUUUUGCAUGACAUAUAGAUAUAUAUAUAUAUUUAGAUUACAAGGUACUGGAUCUCUAUCAUGUAAAAGUAUUUCUGCUUCACUGAGGCACAAUUGAAAUUGCAUGGUCAGGUCUUGUGGCCCUGCCCGAAAGAUGCAAAGUAUUUAGGUCCAUACCUUUAGCUUUUUGCUUAGACCCCAGAAGACUUCCCUGUACCCAUUGCUAUGAACUACAGUUGUUGGGGCCCAUGUUGAUCUGGCUGAUUAUGGAGUUCUUGGUUCACUUAUUAACCUUCAAGCUCCUCGAAACCUUGAGAAUAUUUGAUGUGACUAUAUAUUAAAAUCUGUGACUGCAUUAUUUCAAUGAUUCAAAAAAAAACACCAUUGAAUUUGAUCUUGAACUUUCAAGAUUUAGGAAUCUAAAAAAAUCUUGAAAAAUCAAAAUUGAUUAAUUGGUCUUCCCAUUUAACAGGGAUAAAAACGAUUUAUCGAAAGCUUUCAAUUGUCAUGACAUCACCGCUUGGUGACAUCACCAGUGUCCUCUAGGGUUCAAUAAUGAGGCAAAGGGGGCAGAGCAUGAUUUCAUUGUGCUGGGGACAGUAAAUUCUCAUGGGGUGUAGCUACUUUUUUGAAGAGCCCCCCUUGUGCCUACUGCUAUUGUAAGAGCGGAUUAACUUUAACAUCAUAGAUUUGUGUAGUUUAGAGGGGAUAAAAAAAAUGUAAAAAAUGGGGCAAUAGAGAAUUUUAUUUUGUAUUACUAGAAUGAGAGGUUUUAGAGGUAAUGAGAUAUUCUUCUAAAUAAUAUAGUAGAUAUAAUUUCUUUCUCUAUUUUUUCACAUAGAAUAAGAUUAUCCCACUUUACGCAUUUGUACAGGUGUAGGGGAUGCAGGGACAGUUCAUAGUCAAUUCAUUCUAAGUAAAAAUACUUGCAGGUUAAAUUGGAGAGUGAUUACCCCAGUUAGAUUGUAAGCCCCACUGAGGCAGGGACGGAUGAGAAUGAUCAAUUAUCUCUGUAACACACAGUGAAAGAUGACAGCUAGAUCAUCAAGGCAAAAUAGUAACAAGAAUUUAGAAAAAUGAUCCAAAACAUGCUUGUAAAUACAGUAAGAUCACUGCUGGCUGGGGUAGGGGGUAACAAGAGUGAUGUAGUUAGAUUGUAAGCCCCACUGGGGCAGGGACUGAUGUGAGUGAUAAAUUAUUUCUGUAACACACAGUGAAAGAUGACAGCUAGAUCAUCAAGGCAAAAUAGUAAAAAAAAUAUAGGAAAAUGAUCCAAAACAUGCUUGGAUAUAAGACUCCUGUCAAAAUGGCUGAUGUAGGGGGUAACAAACCGUCUGCCAUGCACUUGAUGUUCAUUGAUAGUGAUGGGUGAAUUUAUUCGGCACAUUUGUGCGAUUCACGGCUGGCGAAUAAAUUUGCAAAACGGUGGCGAAAAUUUGCGUGCAUCAAAAAAAAUUGGACGCCGUCAUCCGUUUUUUGGACGCUGGUGCAUUUUCGCCAAAAAAAAAACGGACGUCCAUUUUUGACGUUUUUCACUAUUCAUUGACACAUAAGGGGGUUAUUUGCUAAAACUCUAUUUUUUCUGGUCUGCUUUUUGGGGCAAAAACUCAAAUUUUUCCAGAUUUAUUAUACCCCAAUGCUGCAAAAAGCCUGAAUCUGAAAACCCAGCAUCUCAACCUGUCGAGGUCAUGUAUAAUUCAAUGUCAGAUAUCCCAAAUUGAAGAUAUCGUGUUCUGUGCUGAGUUCAGGCCAAUAAUCUGAAUAAUUCUAUUUACAAGCGAUUCGGGAGUAAAGUCUGAAAAAUUUGUACGAUUUGAGUUUUCACACGAUUUUAUUUUUUUCCAGACCUAACUUUUUAGAGCU